AUGUGGCUUGGUCUCUUCUGUACCUAUUGGGUCAACGACAUAGUUCAGCUCUACGCAACUGCUGCCAUAAUAGGUAUUGGAAUGGGCAUUCUCGUCAACGCUGCAAGCGUAAUUAUCACCUUUUAUUUCAUAAAGAGAUUCAAUGUGGCCAACGCAGUUACCUACGCGGGACGCGGGACGGGGAUGAUAGCUAUCCCUCCGCUUUUCCAACUUUUGCUGGACAGCUACGGGUGGAGGGGUGCUUUUUUAGUCACAUCCGCAAUCAUGGCAAACGUCAUACUCUGUGGCGUGCUUUUCCGACCUCGUCAAUUCGGCCUGGCACUGAACACAACCGAGUCUACAACAAGUUCACAAGAGGAACUGAGACAGCAGCCCUCAGGUGAAAAAGACAACGGUACUGAUGGUGACGAUUAUACCGAUGGAAGAACUGGUGAAGUUACAGAUGAACCCGAUACUUCGACCGCGGUACCGGUACGAUAUGUCGAAACGAGUACUGGCGAUAAAACUGAGUAUAUUUCACUUCAAUACUCUAACCGAUCCGGACGAGUGGUGAAACUUCUUAAAGGAUUGUCGGGCGAAAUCGGGCUGAAUAUCAUGAGGAAAAGCUUCCGUUUUUCCCUGAGCUGUGCCAUACAGUUGUUGUAUUGCUGUGGCUUUGUGGCAUUUCCAAUGUUCCUCAUCCCACGUGCACAGACCAUUGGUGUGGCGCCCUCUAGUGCCGCAUCCUUGAUGAGCAUCCUGGGCAUAGGGAGCCUGAUUGGUUCUCUAGGAAACGCACUGAUGAUCGGCUGGAGAAUCUCAGCUGAGCACGUGAUAGCUAUUUGUGCGGGCCUAGCGGGAAUCGCGUGCCUUCUGGUUACUGCAGACGGCUAUGCCUAUCUGGCAGUGGCUUCAUUCAUUUACGGCUUCGCCUCCGGAGCUUUCUUCGCCAUUUCCAUCGUCCUCUGCCGCAGCUUUGUUGGGGUGCAGCACUUCGCCCUAGGAGUCGGGUUGAUGAACGUUUUCAUUGGCACCGGCUACCUCAUAGGGCCGGUAAUAGCAGGAUGGAUCUUUGAUGCUACACGGAGCUAUGUUGCUGUGUUCUACAUGUUGACUGGAGUACACUUCACUUGCGCAUUAAAGUGUCUACUCUUACCUCUACUGAAACGCAUAGAACCUGGAUUAGACCCCAAAGUAUCGGAUGAAUAAAGUAUGCAUAUGAAUAGGGCCAGCUCAAUUGACCCUACGAUUGUAUACGGACACGACAUUUUGAAAUGGUUUAAUUUGGUCUACUAUAUUCAUAUUUGUUUUCCAAUUCUCGGUUUUGAUUGGUGAUCUGAAUUUAACGCAUAUUCAUAAAAUAUCACAGUUGACUCUUGCGUUCCUUUGACGAGAAAAUGCUUUGAAAUUAUAGCGCGUUUAUGUUUUAUUAAGCAAAGUACUUUUGAUAAAACUACGGCAUCGUCUAAAUCUGCAAACCGAAUGGAGGCCGAAAUUACUAGUCGUACCUGAUGUGUUCAACAAUAAACCAGAAUUGAAGAUGAACCUGUGUUCGUGUCUUUCCCGGCCUAUCUUGACAAACAAACCUCUGUGCUUGGGCAACUUCUCAGUAUCCUGCUUUAACUGAGGCUCUGUAUGUGUUUGCUUAUACUCUAGACACCUAAUAUUGUGUCAACUGCGGCAAAGGUGCCAUUAGGUUUGGGUCUUUGGCCAAUAAGGUUGAACUUUUGGCGGAGCUCACUUUUUUUCUAACAUGUUUUCUGAACGGAAGCGUCUGGUUUGCUGAUUUCGCACACAGUUACUUUACACAUCACGUUUACUUUCCACAUUUCACAUUAACAUGCUGAAAUUAACUUUAAAUAAUAAGAGUGGGAGUUUUCUACCAUACCUAACUAACAAAAGAAAAGACACGAACACAGGUUCAUCUUUAAUUCUGGUUAAUUGUUAAACACAUCUGGGGUGACUGUUAACCAAGGGAAGGUGAGAAAAACCUUCUGACUCCCAGCUCUUACCUAACAGUACACAAAAGUUCCUUGAAUUUGAAAAGCCACCCUGGUAUUAACAAAAGACCUUUUUGGUGAAACUCCCACUAAGGACAUGUACAGUGGAAAUUCAGUGAAGUAGAUUCAUGGCCUGAUCAACUAAUCUGUAGGGGAUAAAUACACAAUCUUUUUAAUUUGAGUGAUAGAAUCAUUACAUUCAAGGGAAUGUACAACUUUUGUCAGAAAUAAAUGGA